GAGCGCCGCCGCCGUCCGCGCGGCCCCGCCUGGGCGAGCAGGGCAGGAAGAUGGCGGCGGGCGGCGGAGGCGGCGGCAGGGCCUCCUCCUCGGCCGCGUCCUCCUCGGCCGGCGCGCUGGAGGCCUCGCUCGACAGGAAACUGCAGGCGGUGACCAACACCAUGGAGUCCAUCCAGGGCCUCUCCUCGUGGUGUCUGGAGAACAAGCGGCACCACAGCACCAUCGUCUACCACUGGAUGAAGUGGCUGCGGCGCUCUGCCUUUCCUCAUCGAUUGAAUCUCUUUUACUUGGCCAACGAUGUCAUACAGAACUGCAAGAGAAAAAACGCGAUCGUGUUCCGUGAUACGUUUGCAGAAGUGCUUCCUGAAGCGGCUUCGUUAGUGAAGGAUCCAUCGGUUUCCAAAUCUAUAGAAAGAAUCUUCAAAAUCUGGGAGGACAGAAACGUGUACCCCGAGGAGACUAUUUUGGCAUUGAAAGAAGCUCUGAGUACCACUUUCAAAACUCAGAAGCAGCUGAAAGAAACUCUGAACAAACAACCGAAUAAGCCGUGGAAGAAAUCUCAAACAGCAUCCACAAACCCAAAAGCUGCUUUGAAGUCCAAGAUUGUCGCUGAAUUCAGACCACAGUCUCUCAUUGAUGAGCUGCUAUUAUAUAAGCGCUCAGAAGACCAGAUAGAACUGAAAGAGAAGCAGCUUUCCACCAUGAGAGUGGAUGUGUGCAGCACUGAAACACUGAAAUGCUUAAAAGACAAAACAGGAGGAAAGAAGUUCUCCAAGGAGUUUGAAGAAGCAAGCUCAAAGCUGGAAGAGUUUGUAAAUGGCUUAGACAAGCAGGUGAAAAACGGCCCCUCGCUAACUGAAGCCCUGGAGAAUGCUGGGAUAUUUUAUGAAGCACAGUAUAAGGAAGUCAAGGUGGUAGCAAACGCUUAUAAAACAUUUGCUAAUAGAGUGAGCAAUCUGAAGAAAAAGCUGGAUCAACUGAAAGCAACGCUUCCUGAUCCGGAGGAGUCUCCUGUCCCUUCUCCAAGUAUGGAUGCCCCAUCUCCAACGGGCUCUGAAUCCCCCUUCCAGGGGAUGGGGGAAGAGGAUAACUCUCAUUCUCCAGCAGUUGGAAGCCGCAAGCCGGUAUCUCCGGAGCCCGUGACAGAUAAUCGGGAUGUGGAGGACAUGGAACUCUCUGAUGUGGAGGACGAUACGUCUAAAAUUAUCGUGGAAGAAAGGAAGGAAAAGCAAGCUGCUCCAACUUCAGCACCUGUGAAGACUGAAAAUACCCCCAAAGUGGUGCCGUGUACCGCUGCCGUAGCCACGACUUCGGUGACGGUGACAACGCCUGCCCCUACUCCUCCGGCUCCGAAGCCGGCGAGCGCAGCACCCGUCUCUGCGUCGCCAGCGCUUGCGUUGCCCAACCUCGCCAAUGUUGACCUGGCAAAGAUCAGCUCCAUUCUUAGCAGUUUAACUUCUGUAAUGAAAAACACAGGUGUCAGUCCUGCAUCAAGACCUUCUCCAGGAACCCCGACGAGCCCCACAGCUCUUACUAGUGGCCUGAAAACUCCUGCCAUGGGGACUCCAUCUGCUCCUUCCAAUCCUUUAGCAAAUAUUCUCUCCAAAGUGGAAAUAACUCCUGAAAGUAUUCUGUCCGCUCUCUCCAAAACCCAGACUCAGACUGCACCAGCACUGCAAGGUUUGUCAUCUUUACUUCAGAGUGUUGCUGGAAAUACCAUUCAGUCAAGCGAAACGGCAUCGCAGAGCACUUCAGCGUCACCAGCCAACACAACCGUUCCUGGCGUGAAGGGAAGAAAUAUUCCUCCCAACACUCAGUCUUUCAUAUCCAAAAAUUUUGGUUACUCUCCAAAUUCAUCAACUGCUGAGGUUUCCUCAACUUCAGUUAAUAAGGCUCCUGUUGGACAUACUGCGGGGCUUUCAAGUUCUAGUUUUAAGCCACCAACCAAUUCCCUGGGAUUUUCCAGUUCCCACCCCACCAGUCCUUCUUCCCUUUUAACAACUGACACUUCAAUGAGUCAACCCUCUGAAAUUUCAAAGGCGAAGCUGGAAUCAGAGCCCCCUUCUCCAAGCCUGGAGAUGAAGAUACACAAUUUCUUGAAGGGAAAUCCCGGCUUCAGUGGUCUAAACUUGAAUAUUCCAAUUUUAAGCAGCUUAGGGUCCAACAUCGCAACAGAAAGUCACUCCUCUGACUUUCAGCGUGGUCCUACCAGCACUUCCAUGGACAACGUGGAUGGAACACCGGUCCGUGAUGAGCGAAGUGGGACACCCACCCAGGAUGAGAUGAUGGACAAGCCAACCUCUAGUAACGUUGACACUAUCUCUUUGCUCUCAAAAAUCAUGAGCCCUGGUUCUUCUACUCCCAGCAGCACGAGGUCACCUCUUCAGAGCAGAGAUGACGGAUAUCCCCAAGAACUUUCCAAUUCUGUACAUACCUACCGGCCCUUCAGCCUCGGCAGAGAUUCCCCGGCCGGAAUGUACAAGCAGUCUGCAGACAGCAUGGAAAUACCCUCCUCUUUAAUGGACUCCUCUCAGGAGAAGUUUUAUCCAGACACGUCUUUUCAGGAAGACGAAGAUUACCGUGACUUUGAUUACUCCGGGCCACCGCCGUCGGCCAUGUUAAACCUGGAGAAGAAGCCGGCCAAGUCUAUUUUGAAAUCAAGUAAAUUAUCCGAAGGUGCAGAGUACCAGCCAGUCCUGCCGAGCUACGGUCAAAGGUCACAGGAUUUUAGCGUGAAGUCGUCUUUUCCUCAGUCGAUGAGGUCUAUUCUCGAUCAGAGCGAGAGCUGUGACACGCUGUCAACGUCUCCGGGGAUGUACGGGAGCUACGGCCUCAGGGGAAACGACUCCACCUCGGAUGGUUCCCCUUCGCCCAGUAAGAAUGAUGUGUUUUUCACACCAGACUCCAAUCAUAACAACUUGCCCAAACCCGUGGUGCACUCUGGCCUCUCACAGAAGCAGUACCCAGACUCACCCCACUCGAUUCCCCACCGGUCACUUUUCUCCUCUCAAAGCACUCUUCCCAGCCCCGCAAGCAGACCGCCUGCAGCAGGCGUGGACAAGCCACUGGGUUCUUCCAUUUCCACCACAUCCACGAUGGAAUUCAAGAACAUGCUCAAAAAUGCGUCUCGUAAGCCCUCCGAGGAGAAGCAUUUUAGCCAGAUUUCUAAAAGUAGUUCCAACGAGGGGGUGAGCCACAGCCAGGCUGGUGCUUCCAAAGGAGAGCAGCAGCAGCAGCAAGAGGAGCACUACCGCAUAGAGACGAGGGUGUCAUCGUCCUGCUUGGACUUGCCUGACAGCACUGAGGAGAAAGGAGCCCCCAUCGAGACGCUGGGCUACCACAACGCGUCGAGCAGGGGCAUGUCAGGGGAGCCCAUCCAGACCGUGGAGUCCAUCCGAGUGCUGGGGAAAGGAAGCAGAGGACACGGGCGAGAGGCGAGCAGGUCGGGGUGGUUUGAGAUAAGCAACACGGGGAGCGCCUUUGACAACGGGCCCUCGAGCGCGUCGGAGCUGCCCGGCAUGGGUGGCUUCCAGGCGCAGUACAAGGAGCACGUGCCACCGUUUCAGGAGAGCGUCAACAAUUUCAGAACGAACAACUUCAGCCCUGCUUUCGACCACCACAUGCCGCCUCCCAUCGCGCCUCCUCCCAUCGAGCACGGGACUCCUUUCCCGAGGGAUCCGGUCGGUCCCCCCGCCGGGCCCCCGGCCGCACCACCCAAGGAUCACGGCAGCCUCUUCCCAAGGGAUCACUCGGUCCCUCCGCACAUGCCACCCGUGGAUCACGCCAACCCCUUCUCGAAAGAAACCUCCUCUCCUCUCUCGCUGCCCCACAGCGUGCCCCCGCCUCCCUCCGUGGAGCACACCGGGGUCCCCUUCCCCACGCCCCCGCCACCCCCUGUCCCUGGGGAGCACGCCGGCGUCCCCUUCCCAUCGCAGCCACCGCCAGCCGGGGAGCACGGCGGCGUGCCCUUCCCCGCUCCCCCCCUCGCCGUGGAGCAUGGUGGCAGCGCCUUCCCCAAGGAGCAUGGUACCGUUCACCAAGGGACGAUGAAAGAGCAUUUCAAUGUGCAUGCGGGACCCAGGGAGCCAGCCCAGCCCCAGCGGGACCACGGCGGCGCGCCCCUGGGCCGCGUCCGCGAAGGCGUGGGCAUGGCCUCGCUGGGCAGGGAGCAGCUGGGGCCGGCCCGCAGCGUCACCCCCAUCGGCCCCGCUCACAGAGACGGUGCGAACCGCGGCGGGAUGAUGGUCAGGACCCCGCGGGCAGACUUCAGGCCCCGGGAGCCUUUCAUGAACAGAGACCCGUUUCACAGCCUGAAGAGGCCGCGGCCGACUUUCGGAAGGGGUUCCCCCUUCUUUGCACCAAAACGCCCCUUCUUCCCCCCCAGGUACUGAAGCAGACGCCAAUCUCUUGAGUGAAGGUAUUCGGACGUUGUAGGAGCAGUGGAGUAGCGCUUUCACUUGAUUUUUUCUUUUAUUUUUUUCUCCCCCGUCCUCAACCCCCUCCAGCCCCCCCACCCACCCACCCACCCCCCAGAAAAAAGCCCCAUAACACUUUCCUAAAUUAAAUGUUCUGUAUUUUUUGGUUGUUUAUUUCCUAAGCCACCCCAUUGGUGCAAGACUAGAGAAAAUGUUUUAACGAAAAAGAAGUAUUGCUGUUGUAAUAAAACUUCCAGUAGUAGUUAAAAAAAAAAAAAAAAA